AUACAAGCUCAGUUUCUUGUUAUUAAGACGAUCGCCGUCCACAAUAGGGCUCAAAAUAAGAGUCUGAGACUGAGACUAAGGAACAGAAUAGUUCAUGCCCAUUUACUUGAUUUCCGGAGAAGAUCUAGCGAAAUCGCCUUGUUCGUCUCUAGUUUCCGGACUCUAAUGGAUAGAAUCAGUCACUUACCUGACGAAACCAUAUUGAAGAUAUUGUCGUUUCUUCGGACGAAAGAUGUUAUGCAAACUAUGCUUUUGUCUAAACGCUGGAAACCUCUCUGGACGAUGGUACCAAGACUUGAGUUUGAUGAAAGCACUCACUUCCCUGAUCCUAUGUAUUUGCAUUGGGGAGCUCCAGACCCUGAUUAUGGAAUAUUUUGGCGGUUUGUGGACAGAUCGUUGAUGUCACGCGAAGGUCAAGUUCUACAAAGUAUGCAUCUCAGAUUAAAUCGAAAUUUCACACAUGGAGAUAUUGAGAUUUGUGUUGGAACCGCGGUGAAACGUGGUCUAAUUGAGCUGAAACUCGAAUACGGUUCGAGUUAUUACGGGCGUAAUUUUCUUCCAAAAAGUUUAUACACUUGUGCAACACUUGUGGUCCUGAAACUCGAAAACUGUAUAUUGGAUGUUCCCGAUCUCGUUUGUCUAAGGUCUUUGAAAACACUCUCUCUCAAAUCUAUGGAUUACUCUAAGGCGGCCAAUGCUCUCGUUAGACUUUUACAUGAUUGUCCUGUUCUUGAAGACUUGUUCCUGCAUCAAACACUCUAUCCUACCGAUGAGUCGGGUUUCAAGAUUGUAGUGCCUUCUUUGAAGAGAUUAUCCUUGGUUUCCAAAUCUCAAGCUUAUGGAAUCACUGGACUUGUGAUAGAUGCUCCUUCUUUGAAAUACAUGCACAUUGUAGAUCGUUCAGGUAGCCUUUCAUUUAGCGAAAGUAUUAACACCAAUGAGGUGGUUAAGGCCAAUAUUGAUGUUAUUCUCAAGUGUCCCGAGAAGCUUCUGCAUUCUCUUGCUUCAGCAGCGCAUAUCCGCUUAUGUUUAUCAGCUUCAGAGGUUGUGUAUCCAGAUGGUAGUUGCUUCCAUAGACUAAAACAUUUGGAGGUAUGUACAUGCAAAUCAGAGUGGCUGGAUCUAUUUAUGCAUCUGCUCCAAGAUUCGCCAAGCUUAAAGGUUAUCAAGAUUAACCAGUGUCAUCCUGCUACGAAUCCCCGGCCUCAGUGGAAUCAACCGGUCUCUGUUCCAAGAUGUUUGUCCUCAAACCUUGAAACUUUUGAGUGGAUAAAGUACGAAGGAACACAAGACGAGAAAGAGCUUUCGACAUAUAUCUUGAAAACUGCAGCUUGUUUAAAGAAGGCGAGUUUCACCGCUAAAUCCAAUGAUCUCAAGGAGAAACUGCAGAUGCUUCAGGAGUUGGCUUUGUCACGAAGGGUUUUAACCACUUGUGAGCUCGUGUUCAACUGAAAGCGCAUGCUGAUCACUCUUACACCAAAUCUGUUCAGAUUCUUUCUCAACAAGUCGUGUUCUCGUCUUCUUUUGACUAAAUUUAUCUGCACUAAUUUAUGUUAUUCUAGUCUUUAUAAGUCACAGCUAGUGUGUGCAAGACUGCUGCAACUUCUUUUUUCUUCUCCCUUUCUCUUUUGGAGUUUUGUGCAGAGUUCAUGGGUCGUUACUUUAUGG